AUGGCACCAAAACAAAAAGCCAAACAACAACAAGAAAAACCAAAGAAAAUUGAAGUGGACAAUCAUUCAUCAUCGGAUGAUGACUCUGAUAGUAGUGAUGAUGAAAUGGUGACGAUCAAUCCUAAACAAUAUGCUAACAAAAUAAUUUCUAUGGAAUAUAAAUUAAAAGGAUCUUCAAAUCCACAAUAUAUGUUUUAUAGGCUUCAUAAUGGUCAAUUACCUUCUUCAUCAUCAGGGGAUAAAAUUGAUAGAACAAGAGGACAUGUUUUAUUCUGUACAAAUCCAUCACCUUUUUUAACAGAAAAUUCAAUUUCCGAACUCUUUUCUAAAACCUUUGAUACAGAAAUUGGACAUGUAGUGAUGAGUCAUUUGGAACCAACAUUGGCCAAUCAACAAGAUAACAAAGCAUGGUUGGAAUAUCAAUCCCCAUUUUCAAUGUACAAAGAUUCACCACAACUUAAAAGUGGAACUUAUCACUUGAUGUUAAACAAGGCAUCAGCUGUGAAAUCUGCUUUAGAUAAACCAACUAUCAAAACUUCACAUCAAGUUGAACCAUCUAAUUUUGGUAUUGAAAAGUAUUUAAAUGAUUAUCAACAAAUUCAAUUCCCAUCCGGUAAGAAUGAAAGACAAGAUAUUAAAGCAGAACUUAAUCAAUAUUUGAAGGAAUUUGAUAUCAAGGAAAAGGAAAGAAUGAGAGUUAUCAAUACUUUGAGAGGUAAGGUAGAUGAAAAAGGUUGGACUAAAGUUUUCCACAGAGGUAAUCAAGGUCCAAUUCAUGCAUCUGAAUUGAAACAAAAGAAGAAAGUCAAAAAGAAUAAUGUAAAGAUUAAGCAUCAAUUGGAUUUACCAUUCUACAAGUUCCAAAAGGUUGAAAAGAAGAAGAAGGCCUUUGAGGAUUUGAGAGAACAAUUCGAAAAGGACAGGGAACUCAUUGAAAGAAUGAAGAGACAAAAGAAAUUUGAAUCCAUAGGUACAACUCAAUAA